GUAAACAAACAAGAUGAUGGCUGUCAUUCACGAUCCACAUUCCACAGAUAAAACACAGAUGACACGCGGUUUUCGAAUUAUUCGAACACAGUGUUGCUAACCCGCGAUUUUUCAAAUUUGCCGCCGUUUGCUACUGACAAGAUUUGCUUGACCCAGUAUAUAUUCUUUGAUAUACAUUCACCUUGCGCGAGUACGCAAGUCCAUUAAAGGGCAGUUUCAGAUUUUAUACAUGGCAACUAAAAUUGACAUUUUGAGUUUUUGACAUUUGACUGACAAGUUGAAACCAGUCAGCUUGUUUUGAUUGAGAUUGACUCUGAAAAGUCUAAAACAAAUCCUAAAACAUUUUGUUCUACUUGCUAGUCUUAUAUCAUUAAUUUGUUUUUACUCGAAUUGUGAAGUGCAUCAUUAAAUUACUAUGGAUCUGUAAAACUGCUUAUUUGCUAGUGUUUCUAUGUACGACUUUCUCAAUGUAAAUUUCCACUUUCAUGACUGAUUCGUUUUACUUACAAAGAACUAUAAAAUAACUUGUGUGUUUGUGGUUAAUAAGGUAAUAAAAUACCACAAUGAAUAAUAGAAGUGCAGCAGGACUGCGUCGUUCAGCCAUAGCGGCGCGUAUACGCAUAAGAGAAGAAUGGUCCGAGCUGAAAGGCCCCGAGGAGCCCACAAAACAACUCAAUCGAAUCCCUGAAAUAAUACGAAAACAACAGAAGCCAGUGACAAGCGCCAGCAAGCUCGUAGCCCAGAAAGUUAAACUCACAAAAAGCAAAAUCAAUCCUAAAGUUUUAAAGAAACGGAAUGAAAAUAUUCCAUAUUUACCAAUAUCAGACAGGAAUAUGGAUGUGAGUACGGAUGCGCUCGCAGGGGUGGUGGCGCUAGUUGAUGUGGGGACGGAGACUCGGGCACUGGCUCUUAGGGCGGCUCUGAUGGCGCUGGGAGCCACGGUUGUGCCGGCUUGGAGCCCCUUUGUGACGCAUCUUGUGUGGACUCAGAGUGGUUGCCGUGACACUCGCGCCAAAGCCCGCGCGUUGGCCUGUCGCCUGGUAUCACCGCUGUGGGUAGAGGCCUGUGCUUCUUGCGGACGUCGGGUCACCGAAUCUGCCUUUCCUGCUGCUGCGAGGCCUAGUGAUCUACCCUCUCCUAGAGCAUUAAGGAUUAUGCUGAAACGAGCCGAAGCAGAGAACAUCCCUCUAGCAGACCUACUCAACAAGGAACCAAACCCCAAAGAGCAAAGACUAAGGAUAUCCAGUGAAACGGAGCACGACACUACAGCAGACACGUCUACUGAUCGCGACACGUCCACCGACAAGGACACGUCUACUGAUCGCGACACGUCCACCGACAAGGACACGUCGCAUGAACGCUCCAAGGACAGCACAGACCCGACGAUCCGUGUGAACACGUUGCCCCGCGGCGGGGCAGCCAAGAUGGCGGCCGAGACGCCGGCGCAGCCGCCCAGGUCAAGGCGGAAACUGUUCACGCACAAGGAGGCGCAGGACCUUACUGAUGAUGACGAGGACACCCCCGCCGCCCCAAAGCGCACCCCGUCCAAGCUAACCGUGCGCGAGCGCAAGGACCUCGCCCGCGCCGAGCGCAUGGCGCGGCGCAUGCUCGGCAACACCACACACACGCCUGCUAAAACCAUCACUCAGCAGAUAUUGUCUCAGACCGAGGCUCCAAGAAUUGUACUGACAGGAAUGUCACGCACCGAGCGUCAAGCCAUACAAACCGCCAUCAAAUCCCUCAACGGACGAGUCCAGAAACAAGUCAACCCGCGCACCACCCACGUCGUACUAGGUUCCUGCAUCUCCGACCGAAACGACCACACCGGCAUACAACCUCUGGACCAAAGUCAUUGUUCCAAAACAACAAAUACUAGGUGUCAAAUACCAAGUAUAAAUACUAGGUCAGAAAUACCUAGUACAAAUACUAGGUCAGAAAUACCAAAUACAAAUACUAGGUCAGAAAUACCAAGUACUAAUAGGUAUGGAAUACCGAGUAUGACUCAGAGGUGCGGGGUGGAAAAGGCGCGUACUUUGAAUGCGUUACUAGGGGCGGGGAGGGGGUGUAGGGUGCUGUACUCGCAAUGGGUGACGGAUUCGGUGGGGGUGAAGAAAUGGCUGCACCAUCAUGGGUACGAGGUGUCGCAUCUGAGGAAGAUUUCACAGAAAGCCCGCGUGGAACGCUCCGCGCUCGGACGAACAUGUUCCGACUACGCUUACGACGUUUUCCGAGGCAUGCGAGUCCGUGUAUCCCCCCACACUGAACAAAAAGACGCAGCCAUACAACUGUUAACACUCUGUGGUGGUGUUGUACAAGAUGGCGCCGGUUUACAAGAUGGCGGAACGCAAACAGCUGACUUCGACGUUUGUGUGGGGAAUGGGGAGGGCGAAGUGAGCUCCAAAUGGGUGUUUGAUAGUGUAGCGGCCGGUAGAAUGAGGACUACUAGGAGAUAUGUGAAUCUCGGUGUCGAAAAUGCGAGAUAAAGAAGUUAAGUUGCGGGUGGUUGCGGUUUUUGUGUGUUAGUUCUAUGUAACAAAGUUAUAAAUGAUAAAAAUGUUCAUGUUAUGAUGUCUGACGAGGCAUUCGAACGAAUCCGUAUGUGAUAUUGAAUAAAAAGAC